GUUCAAUUCACAUAACCUAACACCUUCACUCUCACACGCUUCUUCUUCUUCAAUUCAGGGUUUGAUUUCGCCGGAGAAUGGCCGUAAAAGGAGAAGGACCGGCGAUCGGAAUCGACCUCGGCACCACGUACUCCUGCGUCGGAGUGUGGCAGCAUGAUCGCGUUGAGAUCAUCGCCAAUGAUCAAGGGAACCGUACCACGCCGUCUUACGUUGCGUUUACUGACUCUGAGAGGUUGAUUGGUGAUGCUGCGAAGAAUCAGGUUGCCAUGAACCCGAUCAACACCGUCUUCGACGCGAAGAGGUUAAUUGGUAGGAGAAUUAGCGACCCUUCUGUUCAGAGUGACAUGAAGUUGUGGCCAUUCAAGGUCAUUUCUGGUCCUGGAGAGAAACCCAUGAUUGGUGUUAACUACAAGGGUGAGGACAAGCAGUUUGCAGCUGAGGAAAUCUCGUCUAUGGUCCUAACAAAGAUGAGGGAGAUUGCUGAGGCUUUCCUUGGUUCGACCGUGAAGAAUGCUGUCGUCACUGUACCUGCAUACUUCAAUGACUCUCAGCGUCAAGCUACCAAAGAUGCCGGUGUUAUUGCUGGCCUCAAUGUUAUGAGAAUCAUAAAUGAGCCAACUGCUGCGGCUAUUGCAUAUGGGCUUGACAAGAAGGCUACCAGUGUUGGUGAGAAGAAUGUUUUGAUCUUUGAUCUUGGAGGUGGUACUUUUGAUGUUUCUCUCCUCACCAUUGAGGAGGGUAUCUUUGAAGUUAAGGCCACAGCUGGAGAUACCCAUCUUGGAGGAGAGGACUUUGAUAACAGAAUGGUGAACCACUUUGUGCAGGAGUUUAAGAGGAAGAACAAGAAGGACAUUAGUGGAAACCCAAGAGCUCUCAGGAGGUUGAGAACUUCUUGUGAGAGAGCAAAGAGGACGCUCUCAUCCACUGCCCAAACCACCAUUGAGAUUGAUUCUCUGUAUGAGGGUGUUGACUUCUAUUCAACCAUCACCCGAGCUAGGUUUGAGGAACUUAACAUGGACCUCUUUAGGAAGUGUAUGGAGCCUGUGGAGAAGUGUCUCAGGGAUGCAAAGAUGGACAAGAGCACUGUUCAUGAUGUUGUGCUUGUUGGUGGCUCUACUAGAAUUCCCAAAGUUCAGCAGCUGUUGCAGGACUUGUUCAACGGGAAGGAUCUGUGCAAGAGCAUCAACCCCGACGAAGCUGUUGCUUAUGGAGCCGCUGUCCAGGCAGCUAUAUUGAGUGGUGAAGGCAAUGAGAAGGUUCAAGAUUUGUUGCUUUUGGAUGUCACCCCAUUGUCUCUAGGUUUAGAGACUGCUGGAGGUGUCAUGACUGUGUUGAUUCCAAGGAACACUACAAUUCCUACCAAGAAGGAACAAGUGUUCUCUACAUAUUCAGACAACCAACCUGGUGUGUUGAUUCAAGUAUACGAGGGAGAGAGAACAAGAACUAGGGAUAACAACUUGCUGGGCAAGUUUGAGCUUUCAGGCAUUCCUCCAGCUCCUCGUGGGGUUCCUCAGAUCAAUGUUUGCUUUGACAUCGAUGCCAAUGGUAUCUUGAAUGUCUCUGCUGAGGACAAGACCACCGGGCAGAAGAACAAUAUCACCAUUACCAACGACAAGGGAAGAUUGUCAAAGGAAGAAAUUGAGAAGAUGGUUCAAGAAGCAGAGAAGUACAAGUCUGAGGACGAGGAGCACAAGAAGAAGGUUGAGGCAAAGAACGCUUUGGAGAACUACGCAUACAACAUGAGAAACACCAUCAAGGAUGAGAAGAUCAGUUCAAAGCUUUCUUCAGAGGACAAGACAAAGAUCGACGAUGCCAUUGAGCAGGCCAUUCAAUGGCUUGAUGCAAAUCAGCUUGCUGAAGCUGAUGAAUUUGAAGACAAGAUGAAGGAGCUCGAGAGCAUAUGCAAUCCUAUCAUUGCCAAAAUGUACCAAGGAGGUGCUGCUCCUGGUGCUGAAGUGGAUGAUGAUGCUCCACCUGCUGCUGGUAGCGGUGCUGGCCCGAAGAUUGAGGAGGUCGAUUAAAUUAGAUUGGUUAGGUGUUGGUAGAGAUGAGUAUUUUUGGUUACUGCUAUUAUAGAUUUUUUGCUUUCCUGAUUACGUUGUUGUUUUCAUUGUCAUUGGUUUGACAAUUGAAAAUUUAGUAUACUUUGAUCAUUGUUGUUUUACGUUGGAUAAUAUAAUUUUAGUGUUAAUUUUUCGCAA